GCUGUCCAUCAAAUCCACUAUUUCUUUCUGUGAUAUGAAAGGUUCCGCCUGCCGGUGUUUCCGGCGGACGUCUGUGUGAGUCGGACCCGCUCAAGAUGUCAGUGGAGCAGGCGAGCGCGAGCGACACCGAGGACAAAUCUAACCUGAUUAAAGGUGGUGUUUUCCUCACUUCUGUGGCCACAGCGGGUAUGAUCGCAGGGUUCGGUUCCACCCUUGCCAUGGCCAAGAAGAAGAGUCCCGACUGGUUUAAUAAGGGUGUGAUAGGAACUGCUGCGGUGCCAGAAAGCGGUGCGUCAUUGGCGUUGCGAGCGUUGGGAUGGGGUUCCCUUUACGCCUGGUGUGGAGUUGGUCUCCUGAGCUUCACCGUUUGGAAGGCUCUAGACGUCCACAGCCUGAAGGAAUUUCGUCAGAAAAUGCAGUCCAUUUUCCCCGCCGUGCCCAAAAAUGAAGAGGAUUCUGCUCCAUUUGAUUGGAAUUCCAUCUUUAAGUCAAAAUGAGAAACAAUUACAGUCUAUUGUCAAGAAGGCACAGCCUAAACUGACUGCUUGGAAGUAUUAUUAAUCAGAUGGUCAGCCUGGUCAGGUGUGAGGCAACCAGUCGGUUCAAUCAGCCCAUUUUAGAUCCAGUAUCAAGUUUGAGGUCUGGAAGAUGCCUCGAUGAAGGCCUGGACAAUUCAAUGUGGCUCUUUGUCUCCAUUUCUUGUGCCACAGGACUUGGACUCUUGAACUUGAGUCACAAGUGUGGAAAUUUUAUGUUUGUAUGUACUGUAUUAUUGUGGCACAUUUGUGUGGGCCUAGCAAAUAAUAUUACUGCCCUUUGGCUGGUGGUGUUUAUACAUUAAAUAUCAAACUAAAGCAGCCACUGUGUCACAAAAGUGGCAUCAUGUGAUGACAAGGUCUAAUAAAAGCAUCUUGUAAUGCUCUGCGCAAGUUGUUUUAAAGCCAUCUCUGAAAAGCAGUUAACUAAAAAAAAAAAAACAGAAGACUGCAGGGACAGAAGAUAAGCUACAGAACGACCGGGGAACUCAGUUUUUUGCUUUUUAAAUAUUACAGUUUUGAGGAUAUACAUGGUUAGGUUUUUUUUUUCUGGGCACUUUGACAUGGAAAAAAUGAACACAACACUGAAAAACAACGUUCACAGUGCUCAACCAAAUUUCAUGUACAUUUACUUUUAACAUGUGGAACAUGUAUAAAGACUUUAUACUGAAUAAACAAUGUCAUCAAAUCAUAUGGAGCAAAAAGA